AUGUCUGCCGACAAGGACAACACCUCCACCCUCCAGGCCCUCGCUGAUAGCGUCUCCGGCGCCGUCCAGUCCGCGGUAGGAACCAUUACUGGCAGCUCCGCCGACCAGGACAAGGGCGAAGCCAAGAAGGACCUGGCCUCGGCCGAGCACGACGCCUCCAAGGCCUCCAUCAAGCUGCCCGGCGCCACCGUCUCCGCCUCGGGCGCCACCACCGACCACCCCGACCGCUCCGCCGGCAGCUACAACCAGACGGUCGGAUCUGCGAAGGAGACCGUCGGCAACCUCGUUGGAUCCGAGUCUCUCAAGUCCCAGGGCCGCCAGCAGAACCUCGAGGGCCAGCAGCAGGAAGCUAAGGGCCAGCUCUCGGACCUCAGCUCCGGCAUCGCAGACCGCGUCUCCGGAACCGUGGGCGGCGCCGUCGCCGGCAUCACGGGCAACACGGCCGCCCAGGCUGAGUACCAGAAGCAGCACGACACCGGCAAGACCCAGCAGCGCGGCGCCGAGCAUGACAUCGAGAGGCAGGCUCAGGCUGAGGCCAAGUAG